AACAAGUGAUUAAGAAAUUAUAAUUACAAAACACAUAGAUACUUAUAAGAAAUCUUAUGAAGCUUUUUCCAGAGAGUCAAAAUGAAUAGACUCAUUUUUAUAAUACCAAUGAUACGCGUAGCGUGGUCCCACGACAAGUUCACCCACGUCUACUAUGAGCAAGCAAUCGGCGCCAACAUGGAGAAUAUAAGCUGGGACCCUGAGCUGAACGGGCGGGACGACACCUACAUGGCAUUCACUGCUCAAUGGAAGAAAGAAAUCAUUCUGUGGGCCAAGGAUUGUAUAUUUGAUAUCAAAAAUUCCAUGAACCAGCUCGACCAAAUCAAUUGGAAUGCCCAGGAUGAUCCACGACAUGUUUAUGGUAUCACAAUGGGUCGCAUGCUCGAAAUGCAUCGACAGCAGAUGGACAUGUAUCGCCGAAUGAAGCGGGUUGUAGAAAACAAGUUCACCUGGCUCCGGCCGGAGAUAUCCGGCUACUACCCCCAACUAUCCGGCCAGAACGGGGUGGUGGAACCGGGCAACGGGUCCUUCGACCCCCUGGAGUACGGCCGAGAGUGGGCUAAAGGAGGGAAAAAGACGUUCUUCGAUUAUAAACCACAUGUCUACAUCAUGGCUUUGGAGUAUAUCACGAAGAGAGGGAUCGAAAUUGAACAUCUUGUCAAGUUGCUUACAUUGUACACGGGAGAGGAAGAGGUCGGCCGUUUCCCGCCACAAUUACUGCCGGGUCAACAGGAUAUGUUAAAAGUAUUUCAAUCGUACUCCACCAGAGUUCCUAAGCCCGGAUACGCGGCCCGCAAACAAGGCGCAGGAGAUUCUGGAAGGAAAGAAGAUUUCGAAGAAGACAGAAAGCAAGAAGAAGAAGAAGCAUUUAAGGCAAAAAUGCGUGAAGAGUAUUAUAAAAAACAUAAACAUUACAAUAAAUGAAUAUCAAGAAUAAUAUAGGUUUUCUUCAACCA